AUGAGUGACUCCAAGGAACCAAGACUGCAGCAGCUGGGCCUCCUGGAGGAGGAACAGCUGGGAGGCGUUGGAUUCCGACAGACUCGAGGCUACAAGAGCUUAGCAGGGUGUCUUGGCCAUGGCCCCCUGGUCCUGCAACUCCUCUCCUUCACGCUCUUGGCUGGGCUCCUUGUCCAAGUGUCCAAAGUCCCUAGCUCCCUAAGUCAGGGACAAUCCAAACAAGAUGCGAUCUACCAGAAUCUGACCCAGCUUAAAGUUGCAGUCAGUGAGCUCUCAGAGAAAUCCAAGCAGCAGGAGAUCUACCAGGAGCUGACCCGGCUGAAGGCUGCAGUGGGUGAGCUUCCAGAGAAAUCCAAGCAGCAGGAGAUCUACGAGGAGCUGACCCGGCUCAAGGCUGCAGUGGGUGAGCUUCCAGAGAAAUCCAAGCUGCAGGAGAUCUACCAGGAGCUGACCCGGCUGAAGGCUGCAGUGGGUGAGCUUCCAGAGAAAUCUAAGCAGCAGGAGAUCUACCAGGAGCUAUCCCGGCUGAAGGCUGCAGUGGGUGAUCUCCCAGAGAAAUCCAAGCAGCAGGAGAUCUACCAGAAGCUGACCCAGCUGAAGGCUGCAGUCGAUGGGUUGCCAGACAGGUCCAAGCAACAGGAGAUCUACCAGGAGCUGAUCCAGCUGAAGGCUGCAGUGGCACGCCUGUGCCGCCCCUGUCCCUGGGAGUGGACAUUCUUCCAAGGAAACUGUUAUUUCAUGUCUAACUCCCAGCGGAACUGGCACAACUCCAUCACCGCCUGCCAGGAGGUGGGGGCCCAGCUCGUCGUAAUCAAAAGUGCUGAGGAGCAGAACUUCCUGCAGCUGCAGUCUUCCAGAAGUAACCGCUUCACCUGGAUGGGACUUUCAGACCUAAAUCACGAAGGCACAUGGCAAUGGGUGGAUGGCUCACCUCUGUUGCCCAGCUUCAAGCAGUAUUGGAACAAAGGAGAGCCCAACAAUGUUGGGGAGGAAGACUGUGCGGAAUUUAGUGGCAAUGGCUGGAACGAUGACAAAUGCAAUCUUGCCAAAUUCUGGAUCUGCAAAAAGUCAGCGGCCUCCUGCUCCGGGGAUGAAGAACGGUUGCUCUCCCCAGCCCCUACCACCCCAAACCCCCCUCCUGAGUAG